UUACACUGGUCUGAAAGUCAGCUUCUCCUUCUUGUUGCGUACUUGCGUUAUCGCCAUUGAAAUUAAACCCUAAACCCUUGUCACCUUCUCAGCCAUGGCGGAGCUGAAAAUCUCCGAGACGCGGGACCUAACCCGAAUAGAGCGCAUUGGCGCUCACUCGCAUAUUCGAGGUUUAGGCCUCGAUUCUGCACUGGAACCUCGAGCCGCUUCGGAGGGAAUGGUAGGCCAGACGUCGGCCCGUAAAGCUGCCGGCGUCAUUGUUAAGAUGAUCCGAGAAGGGAAAAUUGCGGGUCGGGCCGUGUUACUCGCCGGCCAACCGGGAACAGGCAAGACUGCCAUUGCUAUGGGCAUGGCCAAGUCCCUGGGCCAGGAAACGCCGUUCGCGAGCCUCGCAGGGAGCGAACUUUUCUCGCUCGAAAUGUCGAAGACCGAAGCCCUAAUGCAAGCAUUUCGGAAAGCAAUUGGAGUUAGAAUCAAAGAGGAGGCCGAGGUUAUUGAAGGUGAGGUUGUGGAAAUCCAAAUUGACCGCCCGGCGGUGGCGGGAGCAGCGUCGAAGACAGGGAAGAUGACUCUGAAGACAACGGAUAUGGAGACAGUGUAUGAUCUGGGGACGAAGAUGAUUGAGGCUUUGAGUAAGGGGAAAGUGCAGAGCGGGGAUGUUAUCGCCAUUGACAAGGCCACCGGGAAGAUAACGAAGCUGGGGAGGUCAUUUUCCAGGUCUAGAGACUAUGACGCCAUGGGACCACAGAACAAGUUCGUGCAAUGCCCUGAUGGGGAGCUGCAGAAGAGAAAGGAGGUGGUGCAUUGUGUUACACUCCAUGAAAUUGAUGUUAUCAAUAGCAGAACUCAGGGGUUUUUAGCUCUUUUCACUGGUGAUACUGGAGAAAUUCGAACUGAGGUCAGGGACCAGAUUGAUACGAAGGUUUCAGAGUGGAGGGAGGAAGGUAAGGCAGAGAUUGUGCCAGGCGUUCUGUUUAUAGAUGAAGUGCAUAUGUUAGACAUUGAAUGCUUCUCCUUCCUUAACCGAGCUCUGGAGAAUGAAAUGGCGCCUAUAUUGGUUGUUGCUACCAACCGUGGCAUUACUGCAAUCCGAGGCACACACUACAAAUCCCCACACGGGAUUCCCAUUGAUUUCCUGGAUCGCCUGCUCAUCAUCUCCACACAACCUUACUCAGAAGAAGAGAUUCACAAGAUUCUGGAUAUCAGAUGCCAAGAAGAGGAUGUAGAAAUGUCUGAAGAUGCAAAGUUACUGUUGACAAAGAUUGGGGUUGACACCUCUCUGAGGUAUGCCAUCCACCUCAUCACUGCUGCUGCUCUAGCUUGCCAGAAACGGAAGGGAAAGGUUGUCGACAUUGAAGAUGUUAGUCGAGUUUAUGAGCUCUUCUAUGACGUGAAAAGAUCAACACAAUACCUAAUGGAGUAUCAAAGCCAGUACAUGUUCAAUGAUGUUCCUUCUGCAGAGCUUGAUGUAGAUGGAGCCACCCCAAUGGUUUCAUAACAAAUCAUCAUAUCCUAUUCAUUGGUCGAUUUAACUUUUCUUUAACAUUAUUUAUAAUUUUUAAAUUUAAGUUUUAUAUUCUAAUUUAAGUUAA